AUGGCCAUUAUACUCACAGUUUUUAAAUUCCUAGUGAGUUCGCAAUCAUGUGGAAAUACAGAGUGUUGCAAUCCCACUGAUGAUAUUCAUAAAAUCCAUCAAUCGUCAUGCUGCCGUGAACCAUCUGUUAAUACUACGAAUGCAUCAAGCAGGGCAGAACUGGCAAGAAAGAGAUUUAUUGGAAAGCAGCAACAAAAGAUUGCUUCUAACAACGAAAAUGUACAAGACGCUGCAUUGACUCUAUCUGGUGUUUCAACCGCAUUUCCUAAUAUCAAGUCGGUCAUUCCAGUAGAAAUUUUAAUGGAUGAGCAACUCAAUGAUGCCAUCAAGGUUCUUCCAGCAAACUACAAUUUUGAAAUACACAAAAGUGUUUGGCAAAUACGUAAACAUGGUGCCAAGAAAGUUGCAUUACAAUUUCCUGAAGGAUUGCUCAUGUUUGCACUGGCAAUCGCUGAUAUUCUUGAAAGAUUUGCCAAUGUGGAAACACUCGUCAUGGGUGAUGUAACAUAUGGUGCAUGCUGUAUUGACGACUACACUGCACGAGCUGUUGGAUGCGAUUACAUGGUACAUUAUGGACACAGCUGUCUGAUUCCAGUUGAUGUUACAUCCAUCAAAACGUUGUAUGUGUUUGUAGAUAUAGCAAUCGAUUCUGAUCAUUUUACCGCAACAGUUCGAAGAAAUAUUGAUACUGGAAAACGCAUUGCACUUGUUGCAACUAUUCAGUUUAUUGCAUCACUUCAGGUAAUACAGUUCAUAUACUACGCAGUGUCAAAAGAUCUAGCAAGUGAUUAUACAUUAUUUGUCCCUCAAGCCAAACCCUUAUCACCUGGUGAAAUUCUUGGCUGCACUGCACCAAAGCUGGUGGACCAAGACAUGAUUAUUUAUCUUGGCGAUGGAAGAUUUCAUCUCGAGUCUAUCAUGAUUGCCAAUCCAACUUUGCCCGCGUAUCGAUAUGAUCCAUAUUCAAAAGUGUUUACUCGUGAGUACUAUGAACAUGAAGAGAUGCGAGAAUUACGUGAAUAUGCAAUUCAGCAAGGAAAAAAGGCUCGUAAAUUUGGAUUGAUUGUAGGCACCUUGGGUCGUCAGGGCAGUCCCAAGGUUCGAAAAUAUUUGGAAUCGCAGUUUGUUGCACACAAUAUACCGUUUGUAACGGUCCUUUUAUCAGAGAUUUUCCCUGCCAAACUAGCACUGUUUACAGAUGUGGAUGCAUGGGUUCAGAUCUCAUGUCCCAGGCUUUCAAUUGAUUGGGGAUAUUCAUUUUCUAAACCUCUUUUGACUCCUUACGAAGCUGCUGUUGUGUUUCAACAAACACCGAAAUGGGAAUCCAGUUAUCCAAUGGACUUUUAUGCCAAAGACUCGUUGGGUCCGUGGACUCCUAAUCACGUACCACCAACCGUUCGCGAUCCAACUAAAAAAAAGCGGAUUAUGGGCUCAAAAACCAACAAGAAUAGUCUAAUAUCUCAAUAA